ACGAGUAUGGCUGCUUCCAUGGUCCGGUGGUUGAGGGGAUUGUAUAUUUUCUUUCUGACAUGUCUUUUACCUGUGUCUGCGUUUUUGAAUUUGGAGGAGUUAAAUGAGAUGAAAUAUGGCAUCCAGAUUCUCCCAGAUCCUGUCAUCGUGGGGCAGACUGCCUGGCCGGCUCACCUCUCCCCCUGUCCCCCUCAGGCUAAGUCUGAAGACGUGAUGCUGGUCUCUAGCAAGUAUAAGCAGCUGUACGAGUGCCGGCUUCCGGCGCAGGCAGUGCGCUUCCACCAGGAUCCAGCGGCCGACCCCGACCCCCAGGGGUACACGGGACCGGGGAUCUCAGAGCUGCUGAAGCCCAUGAUCAGCGCCCCGUGCCUGGUGAAGACGAAAGACUGGUGGACAUACGAGUUCUGCUAUGGGCAGCACAUCCGACAGUAUCACUUGGAGGAUUCAGAAAUCAAAGGAGACGUGCUGUUCCUGGGUUAUUACGAGUCAGAGUUUGACUGGAACAAUGAAACUGCAAAGGCCUCUAAGCAGCACAGACUGAAGCGUUACCACAGCCAGUCUUAUGUUAACGGCUCCAAAUGUGACCUCAACGGGAAGCCCAGAGAGACUGAAGUCAGGUUCCUAUGCGAGGAAGGCUCGGGGGACUACGUGGCCCGCGUGGAUGAGCCGCAGUCCUGCCGCUACGUGCUGACGGUCCACACCACGCGCACAUGCCACCACCCCUUCCUGCGGCCGCCCUCCACCGCCAAGCCCCACGGCAUUGUGUGCCAGCCCGCCCUCAGCCCCCAGCAGUACAUGGACUACGUCAAGGCCCAAGUCUCCGACACCAAGCGCAAAGUGGAGCAGAUCUCUGAGGAGCUGAAGACCCUGGACGAGAUCCUGGCCAAGGACGAGGACACGGAGGCGGGAGACAGGGCGGGUGCGGGGACGCAGGGGGAGGCAGCGGAGCCCCAAGGUGACGGGGAGGCCACCAGGGCGGAUGCUGAAGCAGCGGGCGUCCCGCCAGAUGAAGUCUCUGUGGACGAUGCGGAGGAUGAGGAUUUCUGGGAGGCAGUUAAGAAACCAGAGAGCGCUGCUCCAGGGGGCACCAAGGAAACACAGCAGACUGACAGGGAGAGUGUGGAGGGUGAACUUAAAGAGGAAGCAUUUGGAGGGGAGAAGUUUAAUUUCAAAAUCAUCACUGACUCAUCAGACCUGAUGAAGUUUGUCAAGCACCUUAAGGAGAGCAGUGAGAAGGCCGCAUCUGCGAAACAGAGAGAGGGGGUGGAGAGCAGGGCACGGCGGGGAGAGGAGGGAAAGGCCAACACAGAAGAGGGUGACGACGAGGACGAGCGCUUGCUGCAGGAGUUUGAGGAGGAGAUGGCCGACCUCUCUGUGCCCUCUGCCAAGAUUGAGGCAAUAAAGGAGGAGAUGCAGAAGGAGUUCGACAACAUCAUAGAUGAGGCCCAGCAGGAGCUGGAGACGGAGGGCCUGAAGGGGGAGUUUGACCGCAGCCAGGCCACGCAGACUCUGGAGACCACCCUGGACAAGCUACUGGACCGGCUGGAGGACAAGGAGGUCCGGGAGCCUGCGUCCGAAGGGGGCCUGGCGGCCACAGACCCUGCCAGGGGCAGCCCGAGCCUGGCCCCCCGCCAGCCAGACCAAGCCUCUGAUGACCAGGUUAAAAUCAGAGUUACUAAGUAUAAGCCGGGUGGCAGCCCCGAGCGACAGUUGAAGGUGCAGGAAUUGAGCGAAGGGGACCCCCAAAUGCAGCAGAUUAAGGACGUGGUUAAAGAGCAGCUAGAGAGAGCGGGACUGAAGGCGGAAGGUAAAAUUGAAGUGAAGAUCCUGACACGGAGGACAGCCGAGGAGGCAGGAGACCAGUGGUUAACGGAGGAAGACACCAAGUCUUUCAGAGAGCUGCUCAUGAACUUACUGACCGGCGGGACAGAGGAGGUGGACAAGGAGGAGAAGCGGCAGCAGGAGCUGGAGACCAACUACAGGUUUGUGUGGGGAGAGAAGCAGGAGGAGGCACAGUCUGCUGGAGCCUCGGACUCUGACGACGUGGACUUCUGAGCGCCGCCACAGCCCAUGUCUGAGAAAGCACGUCAGGGAGGACCGUUUGCACGCUGCCCCAGGUCCGAACGAACGCCCACCAAGGAAACACCGGGAGCCGGCUGGCCAUGAAUGCUUCGUUUCCGCGCUGCGAAAUGUGCAUUUUUCCCCCUCACUGGUAACUGUCCUACUUCACGCACACUGCAGUCUAAAUUGGCUGAACGACAGCAGCGGCAUCACGUUCCUGUCUCAUCUCAGACAAUUCUUAAAAACAUGCGAAGGACCAAGCACCAAAGCGCAAAGGUAGUGCUAAACCCAAAAGGCCUGCAGCCCUUCUUUAGAACAAACUGAGGGGUUCAAACCCACAGGGGGCUGGAUAAAAGCUCCUUACUUUCAAUGCUCAGACUGAAUAUGAAGUAGAACUUGCUCUUUUCAUGUGACCUAAAGUUAUGAAGCUUCCCAAUACUGGAAAAAUCUGCUACUGUAAUGAAUGUUUAGGUCCUCUCCUCGCAUUCUUUCCCUUCCUUUUUUCCAUCUGCGCUGUUUCUACUGUUUUUCAGGAUAACCAUUUAUCUCAAGUGUCACUCAGCUAUUUUAAGCACUUUUAGUCUUGCUUUCUCUGAGAGAGUUUAUGUUUGCAUAUUUGCCAAGAUGAAUUGGAUCAACAUGGGUUCAUUCGUAAAUGGGGUUCACUGAAUUCUCACUGUCCUGUUUCCUCUGCAACUUACUGGCAUUUCAGUGAUAAUUCAGAAAGGGUUCAGGUGCUAUUGCUGAUUGCAGGUUUGUCAUUUUUGCCAUCUCAUGAUGGGUGAGAAGCAAUGCUGCCUUUAGAUGGAAAUUGAACCAAUUCAUAUAGACAUGUCAGUGUUCAAAGCUCUUUGUUGGUGUGAAGCAUAGGUCUGCUUGCUAUUACAUCCUUGUGGCAUAUUUUGAUAACUUUAAUGAAUGCACUGUAAAUAGGUAGUCGGGCUUUACAAAACAUGAUCCAUAUUCCAUACACAGUUUUGUAGCACUUUAAAGGUAAACUGUUGGCACACUCUGAGUACAUGCACUGGUGAGAACAGUGCAAAACUAAGAAGAUUCAAAAUUUGUAAGAAGGGGCAACAAGACCUGACAAGGAAGUUGAUACCAAAGGAUUUGUAGUAGGUGGUCUCCACCGGAGACAUUUGACUCGAGGUGCUCUUCAUGCAUGUUCACCCGGAUGGGCAUUUAUACUUUUCUUAAUUGUCCGUCCAAAACUGGUCACAAACAGGCCACAAAAUUGGUGGACAGUCCUAAUUGUUCAGUUGGAGUUGGUGAAGUCUGCAGUGUGCACACUUCACAGUACUGAGGGUUUUCUACUAAAGAGUAGUUCCUUCCUUUUU